AUGUCGAGAAAAGGAUCUGGAAAUGAUGUAGGUGAUAUCGUAGUAAAUGUUGAAAGUGAACAGGUAGAAGAUGAAGCAAACCCUUCUUGUUCAAAAGUAUUAGAAUCUUCAUCUCCCAAUCAAAUUAGGAGAACAUCAUCAUCCAAUAGUCCUGGUCAACAGCCAGUGCGGAUUGAUUCUGGUAUUCUUGAAGGGAAAGGUAAGUUAGAGCAUGAUGGUUCCGCUAAUAGAUCAGCAAAUAACGAUGAUGACGACGAGGAAGAGGAGGAGGAGGAGAUUUACGAGAAGGUUAAAUCUAGCAGGAAAGUGAACAAGAAAAUGCUGAUGGAGUACAUUGUUUUAUUGUGCAGCUUUGGUGUUUUAAUAGCUAGCUUUACUGUCAAGAAACUAGAGAAUCUAAGGGUCUGGGGAUUGAAGAUUUGGAAAUGCUGUGUGCUUGUUAUGCUCAUAUUCUGUGGAAUGCUAGCUACAAAUUGGCUUUUGAGUCUGUUAGUUUUCAUGUUUGAGAAGAACCUUCUAAUGAAGAAGAAGGCGGGGUAUUUAGUUCUUCGAAUGAAAAAGAGUGUUCAGGUUCUCCUGUGGUUGGGUAUGGUGCUUCUCACUUGGCUAUUCUUCUUCAAACUUAAUCGUGGGACGAACAGAUCAAAGACAUCCAGCAAGAUUUUAGAUCAUAUAACGUGGACUCUUGUUUCGCUGCUUAUUGGUGUCUUUCUGUGGAUGUUAUCAACUUUUUGUUUAAGAGGGCCUCCGUUAGUCAGCGCUGUAUUUGCGAGUCUCAGGAGGAUAAACAAUGUGGUAAAAAAGGUCUUUAGUAAGGUGAAUCCUGCAAGGAAGAUUUCAGUUGAGACCAUGGAUACGUUUCUUUGGGAUGCUUCUAGUAGAGAUAUCGAUGCAGAGAUUGCAAGUGAGUUCGAAGCCAACGUUGCUGCCGUCAAAAUUUUCCGGAACGUUGCUAAGCCUGGUAGCAACUGCAUCGUGGAGGAGGACCUCAGGAGAUUCAUGACUAGGGAAGAGGUGGACCAUGUAUUUUUACGGAUUGAGGGAGCAAUGGAAACCGGUAAAAUUAAAAGAAAAGAUCUACAAACUUGGAUGGCGAUGGUCGACCGCGAACGUUCUGCGUUAACUUCAGCAACCGAACCAGUUAUAAAUCAAAUAGAGCAAUUUUUUACUAGCAUGGUGGUCGUUAUAACCAUCGUAAUUUGGCUUGUAUUGGUGGGAAUUGCAAGCACAAACUUAGUUGUUUUCCUCUCAACACAAUUCUUAUUGGCAGCUUUUAUGUUUGGAAACACUUGCAAGAAUGUAUUCGAAGCCAUCGUGUUCAUAUUUGUGACACGUCCAUUUGAUGUUGGUAAUCGCAUUGUUGUUGAUGAUGUUCCGUUGGUGGUUGAGGAGAUGAACGUCUUAACUACCACCUUCUUGAAACCCAAUAAUGAAAAGGUGUACUAUCCGAAUUCAGUGUUAUGCACCAAAACCAUUAGCAAUUAUUACAGAAGUCCAAAUAUGGGAGAUACCGUGGAAUUCUCAAUUGUUUUGACACCAGUGGAGAAGAUAGACAUGCUGCAAAAGAAAAUAAAGGAGUACCUGGAAAGCAAACCGCAGCAUUGGCAUCCAAGCCACAGUCUGGUGGUGAUUGAUAUCGAAGAUGUGAAUAAGUUACAGAUGGCGCUCAAUGUUAGUCACACUAUUAACUUUCAAGACAUCGAUCAAAGGAACAGACGGCGACCUGAGCUAGUCAUAAAAUUGAUGAGAACUUUGGAAGAAUUAGACAUCAAAUACAAUCUGCUGCCCCAAGAAAUUCACCCCACACAAAAUAAAGCAGAUGCAACUGUUUCUUUCAAGAGAUGAACGUUACAAGGUCAUC